AUGUCUCGUAAAAAUCCGCUGGUAAAGCCGGGAUUUCAACAGAACUUCCAGCCGAACUUUCGACCGAAUCCUCAGCCGAACUUUCGACCGAAUCCUCAGUCGAACUUCCAACCACAAUUUGUGCCUGGCCCGCACUUUAUACCUCAGCAAUUCCUUCCCCAGCAAUUCAACCAGAAUUAUCGAACACCCAACCAAGGGAACAAUGUUGUUGGUCAACAACCAUUCAACCCUAACUACCCAACCAAUCCUCAAUAUCCCAAUGGGCGCUUCGUCUAUCCACCUCUUCAACCAGGUUUUCCGGUCGUGAAUAAUGGAAGGAAUCAGUGGUUUAUUCCACAAAAUGCCUUCCCAUACCUGGAAGGAUCUGGUCCAAUUCCACCUCAAGGAAUCUACGGGCCUACUCCCACCCCACGUUACACCGUUUCGCCCUCAAUUCCAUCGGUGAAUCCACAAAACUAUCAAGGGACGAUACCAAUGCAACCAUCGAUCAAUCCUGAUCAGUUAACAACUCCAAUUGCUUCACCUACAACGGACCAUGGUCAUACAACUCGAGGAUGGUACAAUCCUACCAGUACAGUCGGCCAUGGAUAUGUAGCAACCACUGCCUCUGCAAAUCAGGGCUCUACUAGCGACAUACCCGAUAUGCCGCAUAUUUCCGAGUCAGGAAUCAGUCCGUUCCAGAAAUCGUCCCCGGCUACGUCAUCAGCAGCUACAGCAACGCCUCUAGAAAACGGACCCACAAGAUCAUCCGUGGACGAAGAAUUGCUGAAAAAUUUCAGUCCAAAGGGUCCCGUUCCGCCACCAGCUUCGUCCUCUUCGGCGACAUCUUCUCAGCCUACACCUACACCCAGAUCUUCCGAGUCUUCUGAAUUAUCUGCGACGACACCGGAAUACAUUUAUGAGGUCUACGAUCAUACGGAGUUGUAUGUUGAGGAAGCCGGUACUGAGACUGCCAAGACAAUCAGACCAACGACCAUCAAAGAGGUCGAAACGACUCAUCUCCCCAUACCCGUGUCCACUCAGGGCUACCAGCCUCCCGGCCAUCUACCCGAGGACUUCUCCAAGCAUAUUGACGUCAGCUUUCUGAAGCCCAAUCGCACGACGUGUGUAGGACCAUUGUGUGGCAUCGACGUUGACAAG